AUGAAAAUAGAAAAUUCAACGUUUCCUGAGCAUCAUUUAAAUGGUAAACAAGAGAAUAAACAAGAAUGUAAUCAGCAAAAUUUGCCAUCUGUCUACAUUACACUUGCCGAACUUCAUCAAAAUGUUCUAAAACUUCUACAAGAACACAACAAUCUUAUUCCAAUUACAAGUUUCAUACAGAGCUAUGAGGAAUCAUUUGGUCCAUUUAAGAAAGAAAACUGUGACAAUCCAAGAGAAGAAGAUGAUCGUGAUUACAAUUAUGUUCCUCUGGAAUACCUCAUAGCAUCUAUUCCAGGUGUAACCAUUGAAAGUCCCAUGAAUGGAAAUCGAGUAGUUAAACUUUCUGUCGAUCCACCGAAAGCAAUAUCAAUUGAGAAGCUGAUGACAAAGGAGCCAGAGAGUUACUGUGACACUUGUGUGGAUUCAGAAUGCAUCAUUGUCAUUUGUAUUACAGAAGAUGCAAAUGGUACCUCUUCAAAUGAGGCUAUGCGUCAAUUAAGACAUGAAGUUGUCGAUUUGGUAAAACAACAGCCCACUUUUUGUCUGCUCCUCUCGAACUUCAUUCCAAUGUAUCAGUCGCGCUUCAAUAAACAAUUUCGAGUUUCCACUUACGGCUAUAGUCGUCUUGAGGAUCUUUUUGAAUCCUUGAAGAAUGUUGUGCAUAUUGUGGGCCAGGGUGCCCAUCGAACAAUUAUGUUAACCCAUUUAACUCAGGUGCGGAGAUUCACUCAUGAACUACUUCGCAUACUCAAGACGCAGCAGAGAAAAUGUCUUCGCACUGAUGAAAUUCCGAAAAUCUACAAAGCUGUUUAUAAUAAGGAACUACAACUGUCAAAUUAUGGUGUCUGUACCAUUAACGAUCUUCUAAAUGACAUACCAGAGAAUAAGCUGAUAAUUAAGAACAUCAAGGACGUGGGCGAUUCAGCUCUUGAAUCCUCCUUUGUGAUGAUUCCUCAACGUAUACAAACCGAGGAACAAAAAAUUCGAACCAACCUCUUUGCCUUGGAAGCCAUCGACAUUCUCUCAACUUCCCAAAACUUUCGGAUCCCCUUUACAAAAUUUAUUCCAGCCUACCACCACACAUUCAAUCGACAAUGUCGGGUUGCUGAUUAUGGAUUCACAAAAUUCAUAGAGCUUUUGGAAGCUAUAUCACAAACGGUAGAGAACACGGCUAUAACCACGCCACUUCAUAGUGUUAAGCCUAAUUUUGUCUACACUGCUUUUAAGGUGCUUGUGGAAAAUGGAGAACGAUAUAUAAAUCUGACACUUCCACUACGACUGACUCUUAUUCGUCAGAUGCUCCUUGAAGUUCUACAAUCUCAGUCGGGCCAUCGAAUAUUAUUGAAUGAUCUUGUCACAGCAUUCUACGCCAAAUAUCAACUGACCCUCCUUCCUCAAGACUGCGGUUUCGGAACCCUGGAGGAGAUGCUUUCAUCUUUUUCAGAUAUUUUAGUUCUUAGUAAAGUGAAGCAACAAAGAAUCGACAAUGAGUCAACUUUAAAGGAGUCCAUAGCAGACGAUUUCUCGUUCGAAGUAGCUGAACCCGAAAAAUCGAACUCUGAAUUCAACAAGACAUUGAUUAUACUCGUAGACCGAAGUGAUGCUAAACAGACUGCAUAUCGAUGUCUAAAGUUACUUCUAAACUCCCCUUUUGGAUGGAUUCCUGAGAAUGAAUUUAGAGACAGCUUCAGAGCUCAUUUCAAUGAAGAAAUUGACCUGGAAUUCAUUAACCGAGAAAUGAGUCCUUUUAUUUUGGUGAGAGACUGCGCAACUCAGAGUACCUUUAGAACAGAUACGGAAAUAAAUCCACAAUCUCCGAGAAUUGUUCAGCCAUGUCCCCUGAUUCUACUUGCUCAACAAAUCCGAUUUGUUUUAACGAACGUUCGUGGCAGGUUACUGAUAAAUUUCUUGGAAGAGAUGUACAGAAGUAACUUUGGAGUCGAUCUUUAUCCUGAAGUAUAUGGUUAUCCUUCCAUUAUCACUCUGAUAAAUGCUUUGAGGUUUGCUGUUGCAACAAGGGGCCGUGGAUCAAGAACUACUAUCCUCUUAGCUCCAAAUUUUUUAGGCAAGCUACCACUUAUCAAUUUUGUCAUGAAAGAACAGAUAACAUAUCCUCAAGAAGAGACGUUCAAUUCGCCCUUACAGUGGCCACUCUUUCAUCCAAACACAAAUACUCAUCCAGCAAUUGAUCCUCAGGCCACGAUAUUAAAUAGCGGAGUUUAUGCAGAAAAUUCGUUCGGUCUAGCCAAAUUGACAACAUCUUCGACAGCAGAACCCCAACUGUGUUCGGAAAUUCAGACUUUUUUUGAAGGCGCUAAUACUGAUCACCUUCAAUUAUCGAAAAGAACAAUUAGACGAGUUUGUAACCUAUUGACGAAGAAACUAAUUUCACAGUCUUCUGCAAUUCGUGGUCUUCAUAUUCUGCGAACCGCUCUCAGUCAAAUGCAAAAUAGUUCAAAGCAUCUAACGAGCUUACAUGUCAAUAUUUGUCAGCUUGCAAUUUCUGCAAAAUUUUUCAGUCCUGUGAUUCCAAUCUUAAAUGAGGAUGUUCUUGAUGUUGACACAAAUAAAAAAGCCUACUGCAUUCAAGAUACUCUCUUGUAUUUCUAUUAUGGCGGUAUGGUAUACGCAGCAGUUAAAAUGUGGGAUCGGAGUUACAAUUUCUUCAGUUUAGCCUGUUCGUUACCUAAUUCGUGGUUUUCCCCUGUCGCAUAUUCGGCUGCUAAAAAACUCAUUCUCGUUUCUCUUAUUUACAAAGGAGAGUUCAAUCGGACAGAUUGUAAGGUCUUUAGCAAAAUCAAAGAGCAACUCGAUCCAUACACACGCUUAGAAGUCGCCUUUGCCUCGCAAGAUACAUCUUCUCUUCAAUCGCUUGUUGAAGACAAUCGAACUACUUUUGAACAGGAUAAAAAUCUCGGACUGGUAAAGCAACUGAUUGACCGUCACAUUAAAUGCAGGAUACAAAGCUUAACUGAAACUUAUUUUUCACUAUCGAUAAAUGAUUUUGUUACCUUGGCUGGAUUUGAUUCGCCUACCACCGCUGAACAAAAAAUAAUUGAACUGGCUGCUUCAGAAUCCAUAUUUGUUAAAAUUGAUCAUAAAUCGGGUUGUGUUCGCUUUCUUGAUAAUUCGGAACGCUAUGAAUCCCCUGAAAUGCUGGCAACACUUAUCCAAAAAAUGAGAGAUACAAUGAAUUACGAUAGGCUUUUGAGGCAAAUUAACUCUGAAGAGCAAUCCCGAAGUCCAAAUACUGAAAGCUCUCCUGGAUCUUCGCUCACCACAAGGAGGAGGCCCGCUGUGCAUUGA